AUGACUACAACGCUUUCUCCUAAAUAUGAACCAUCAACAAAAAGAAGUGAAACAGCAAAUUCUCGUGUAUCAUUUGUUCCAUCAACUUAUGACAGAAACUAUGGUCGUCAUAAUAAAUUAUACAGAUGUCCACGAACACCACCAGAUGAAGUUCAAUUUAAUCGAGAACGAAAAUUUAUUUUGGAUUGUACAGCAGUAUCAAAUCUAUCGAAUGAUUAUUCAAGAGUUAAUCCAAAACUAGGAUCAGUUAUUCCACCUUAUAAUGCACCAAAAAAUCGUUAUUUAAGAUUUUCUGGUACACCUAAAACAGCAGAAAGAUCAAGACAAUCUAAUACUCAUGAACCUAUUGUUAGUCGAGUACAUGAUCAUGUUCAACAUUAUUUAUCACUUCGAAAUCAAUUCGGUUCAGGUCAUUCCACUGAUGAAAUUCGUGGUCAUACAUUAUUUUUAAAUGAUAUUAAACCAAUUGUUAAUUAUAACGGAGUUUUCGGUUAUCGUCGUAAUACACCAUCACUUCGUCAUCGACCAACAAUGGGUACUAAACUUGAUGCUAAUAAUAUUCUUUCUAUUGGUCAUGAUAAACGGAAUAUAUUCCAUUGCCAAUGUAAAUAUAAUCAGCUAUGUCGAUGCCAUAAUCAAGAUAAACUGUGUCCUUGUAUUAAAAUAUAG